CUCGGCUCGCGGCGGGGGGCGGAGGUGAGGACCGGAACGAGGAGGGCGGGCGCUGCUCGCGGCGCCGGGCCGCGUUCCCCGUCCGCGGCCGCCCUGCCACCAGCCCGCGUCCCCGCCGGCGGGAGCUCGGGGAACCGGGCGGCGGCGCGGCUGUGGCGGCGGCUGGCUGGAUGCGAGACCUGCGCGGACCCGGCGGCGGACGGCGGCUCUCGACUCCGGGAAGCCGAUCGCGGAGGGGACGAGCCCGAACGCGCUGGCCAUGGCCUCCAACUUUAACGACAUAGUCAAGCAGGGAUACGUGAAAAUCCGCAGCAGGAAGCUGGGGAUUUUCAGACGAUGCUGGUUGGUUUUCAAGAAGGCUUCUAGUAAAGGACCCAGAAGGCUAGAAAAAUUUCCGGAUGAGAAGGCAGCGUAUUUCAGAAACUUCCAUAAGGUAACGGAACUGCACAACAUCAAAAAUAUAACCAGACUGCCUCGAGAGACAAAGAAGCACGCCGUGGCAAUUAUCUUUCAUGAUGAAACGUCAAAGACAUUUGCCUGUGAGUCAGAGCUGGAGGCUGAGGAGUGGUGCAAACACCUCUGCAUGGAGUGUCUGGGGACCCGCCUCAAUGACAUCAGCCUUGGCGAGCCCGAUCUUCUGGCGGCAGGUGUACAGCGAGAACAAAAUGAGAGAUUCAAUGUGUAUCUUAUGCCUACGCCAAAUCUGGAUAUUUAUGGUGAAUGCACAAUGCAGAUCACUCAUGAGAAUAUCUAUCUCUGGGAUAUCCACAACGCCAAGGUCAAACUGGUGAUGUGGCCUCUCAGCUCCCUGAGGAGAUAUGGACGGGACUCAACGUGGUUUACUUUUGAGUCAGGAAGAAUGUGUGACACAGGAGAAGGACUAUUCACUUUUCAAACAAGGGAAGGAGAAAUGAUCUAUCAGAAGGUCCAUUCCGCGACACUGGCCAUAGCUGAGCAACAUGAAAGAUUAAUGCUAGAAAUGGAGCAGAAGGCCCGGCUUCAGACAAGCUUGACUGAGCCGAUGACGUUAUCCAAAUCGAUAUCUCUUCCUCGUAGUGCGUACUGGCAUCACAUCACUCGUCAGAACAGUGUUGGAGAACUCUACAGCUUGCAAGAUAAAAUGUUCAGCAUCAAUCAAUUGACUAACAGCCGACCAAGACCUAAGGAAGUAGGAACUUGGAAAAAUAAGGCUAACAAAACACAUUCAUCCAACAAAAAUUUUCUGAGCACAAUAGAUUUGAGUGUAAUGGGCACCCGAUAUGUAUCUGGUGAAGGAAUGACUGGUAUGACCUUCAGCACAGUAGGCAUUCGGAAUGUUUUUCAGUCAUGCUUUAACUCUUGCUCAUAUUAACACGAAGUGUUUCAACAAAAACAACAAAAUGUUUUGAUGACAAGGAGACCGCAAUGGUAUAUUUUUAAAGCAAUAUUUGCCAGGAUUUCAAACCUAGACUAAUGGAAUUUGGUCAGUGGGAAUUAAUGAUUAAAGACACAUUCUGCAGGGAAGAACAGUUAGAACAGUUUUAGUCAUUUGUGGAUGACAAUUACAUUUAUACUUUAAACGAACCCUCUUAUGGGUAGUUACUACCUUUUUGUGUUGUUGCUUUGCAUGAGAAAAUCCUUCCUAGGCUAAGGAGUAUAGGAUUUGAGAGGACUCCUGGCAGUUUUGUGGAUCAGAAAGAGGAGACACAUACCUCACUUUUGCUUCCUUACAAAUGCCGGCCACCACCUUCUAAAACAGCCUGAGUCAUCAUCUUAGGAUUAGAAAUAAUUAGAAAAUGUGCUUUUAAUGUAAGGUUAUUUUUAUUUAAACAUAAACCUAUAUAUGAAAUGAUUGUUAAAAAACAAAAUUCAACUGAGUAAAUUGUACCUAUCAUAUUGGCUUAAUUCAACAAUGUGAGCGGACAGCAUGCCAUCCAGCAGAUAGGAGAUCUUAGGAGCUAUAUAUAAUGAAAGACUUUUGUAGGCAGAGGGGCAGGGAUAAGGAAGUUAUACUGGCCAAGAAUGGAUUGGGUGUAGCAAGGUCACUUCUGCUUAGGGGCUAUCAGGAGUCUUUCGGAUAGAUGACCUCACUAGUACUGACUGGGUAGUUCCCACUGAUUGGUCUAAAGUUCUUUCUCUUGGAGAGCUGAAAUUGUAAUGAAGUUACGUGUUAAGUCUCAGGUGGGCAUUAAGGGGCUUAGCCUAAGUGACUCCUUAUUGAGCUUAUUGUCUUGUUUUUAACAAUAUUGAUGUUUAAUCAAGUAAAAAUAAAACCAUGGAACGUUUUCAUGAGGAAAUACAAAUGAGCAAAUUUCUAAGCAAAUGAAAGUCAGAUAUUAAUAGAAAUAAGUUCAAAAAGGUUAGAAUCAAUGUUGUGAUAACUUUGGUUUUGACAAGAGUUUGGUCUAUAAUUCCAGCAAAUGAAAGAUUGUUGUUUUCAUGGUAGCAUGUGGGGACCUAUUCUCUGAACAGAGAGCUGACAUUUAGACUGAUGUACAAUAUCAGAAAUAAUUCCAUACGCAUCCAACAAAAAAUGUCAGAACUUGUUUAAAUUUCUCAAAACAUUGAUGAAGACUUGAAGGGGGACAGUGCUGACUUACAAUACAAUAGAAUCAAUAACUGUUUGGACACUCUAGGAUUCAUCUCACUGAUAUUAGUUUCCAGCAAAGGUAAGGAUUUACAUGCUCUUACCAUUAUGAUGAACAGUUUGCAUGUAAGGUCUCAAUACACAUUCUUCCUGGGUUGUUUAUUGUUUGUGUGUGUGUGUGUAACAAAGAAAUAUGCAGCAACUAAAUAUGUUUUGUAUGUGUGUGUAACAAAGAAUUAUGCAGUGACUACAAGUCCAAUAAAUAUAGAAUGUAUUUGAUGUAAAUUGUAUUUCACUCUACUGUGGCUUUAUUUUUAUACUGUAUGCUUCUCAGAGCAAUACUUUUUGCCAUUUUACCUACCCCUCAUUUUAUGUUUAUAUCACAGAGAGAGAGAGAGAUAAAUAUCUAGAUGGAUAGCUAGAUCAUCAGUAAGUCGAUUAUAUAUGGAUAGAUACAGAUGUAAACUUGUUAGUGAUGCUUUGGCAAAGCUGAUACAUUUUACUCUCCUUUCGUUCUCUUGAGGCUAUCAAGGUAAAUAGAGGACAAGAGUCUUUUGACCGUAGUUGGUUUUUGGGUUUUUUUGGGGGGAGGGGGGGGUGGUUAUUGGUGUGUAAUUGACAUAGGCUUUGCCUUCAUGGAAUCAGGACAGGAUAAAACUACCAAAACAGGAAAUAAGAAUGGAAAAAGUGAAACUUAGCA